GGCGGGCCGUGGGUCGCAAUAAUAACAAUAACGAACUUGAGGCCCAAAUCAGGUUGUCGCAUUGCCUGCGCUGCUCGCUGUUGGCCCGCCGCAGAGUAAUAAUCCUCGCUCUCAUUAGCUCAUCCCUCUGCUCCUCUCGUCCACGACUCGCCCUCCUUUCUUCUCCCUCUCCCAUCCCGUCCUUUCCAGUAUUCGCCCCUCCCCGCAAGUCGGAUGCUGCUCUUGAGCGCCUCCCUCUCGUCCACCGUGCUUCCAGUACUGUGGACGAGUCUUCUAGUGUUGUGCGACUCGCGCCCUUGAAACAGACCCCCUUUUCUAUAUCUUUGGUGCCCCUCCCCCUUUUGGGCGCCUUCUGCAUAUUAUUCUUAGUGUCGGAUUAAGCUCCAUGGGUGAUUGCCAUUCCGCCUAUCUGCAAUUGCAUCAUGGAGCCGACCAAUUUUACCGAGGACGACGAGUCUCGGUAUCGCAGUGAGGUUCUCCUUUUAUCCUCCGAGGAGUUAGAAACGGCGCAGGAACAAAAACUGGUCGACGAUGCACGCCAGCUGGGUCUGAAGGUGCCGGAAGUCGAGGUGGUGGCAUCGCUGGCCGCGUCCAUUGCCUCGGGAAUGGUGGACCUGUCCUCCCCGAUCCUAUCCUCCGGCUCCUCCACCGAUCGCAACUCGACGCACGAAGCCACCCCGUCCCUUGAAAUCCCGCCUCCCAUCGACCAGCUCGCCUCGUCUCUCUCCGCAUUUACCGUGGCCUCUGAGCCCGCCCAGGGGGGCAGUACCCGAUCGCUCGCCUCGUUGUCCACUCGGCCGACAUCCUAUAGCUCAUGUGAGGGAAGAUUGAUCCCGGGGAUUGACAGCCUUGCGGCUAGGCCGCCAGGGAAUCGGGCGUCGAUGUUCAGCGUCACUUCUGCAGAUAAAAGAGAACGGAGAAAAUCUACGCUAAAAUCGGCAAUCGGGAAGAUCCAUUUCAGGAAAAAGCGAGCGCCCUCUUCCGUUUUGCUCCCGCCGGCUGCGCAGAUCACCGUCGCCAAAGGCGAGAAGGGCGUUGAACGAGUAUUCGUGGAGUCGAGGUUGUCAGAGUCGCAGAACACAGAUUCACCGGAUGAAGAGAACCAGGUCUUGCGGCUGGAGAUUCCCGUCUUCGACAAUGAGUCACUACAACGGAGCUUAGACGAUAUACAAUUGCGCCAGAUGCGCGACUCUCAAGUGUCGCAGAGGAACCGGCAUAAUACUUUCCAGGAUGCAUUUAUGGCGCAACUACGACGGCGCCAGCAAUCCAUCGUCGCCGAUCGACUUGCAGAGAACAAGCGCCUGGAAGUGAAGAAGCGCGAAAAGAAUACUAUCGAUGCUGCCCGGAUGGAGGAACGGCAGCUGACGGUGGAAAUGGAGCAGAUGCGAGAAUUCGAACGGGCCAAACUGAACUCGCGCACACGCAUAAAGUACAUGGAAGGGUACUUCAACAACACGAGUCCACCGCCAUCGCCCGUCAGCUCGGCAGCGGACACACCGGGUCGCAAGUUCACCGCGCAACACAAAGCCCAGUUAGCGCAAGAAUAUCACGACCACAACUCCAUGGAUCAGCUACACCAGGCCAAGAUCAAGGUGUUGCGCGAGCGGCAGGAACUGCGCCUCCAGGAGGCGAUCGCGCGGAUGGAACGGGAACUGGACGACUUGAUCGACAAACAUGCCCUGGAGUUCGCACAGAUGCAACAGCGGCAUCAACAGGAAGAAGGCGAGGUUCUUCAAGCGUUUGAGGCAAAAAAGUCCAGGUUACGACAUCGCUGGACCCUGCAAGAGGCCAUCCUGCGUAAGAAACUAGAGGAUCAACACGGGCAGACGUAUGGGCCGCUGCAUCCUCUGUCGUUCAGUGACUCGCAUUACGACACGCGAGACUCGGCCAUUUGCGUGGCCGACCCCGGAGCUGCCAGCGGUGAUGAGGGACCGGCGCAGAAGAGAGGGGGACAGGUGCUUUGAUUACGAUGUGAUGCCUAAGUGAUACCCUUUCUUUUGGUCAUGCAUAUAUGCAGCUCCUACUAAUGUCUAUACUCGCUUCUACUUGUAAUUACUUUCGAUUUUUUAUAUUCUGCU